GCGGCAUAGCGAGCACAGAGGGCACGCUCUGGAUGCAUGGUCGCGCGGUCCAGUAUUCAGCCUUUCGCCUCGUUGUAAUGGCUAAAGUGAAGCCUGCCUUGGGUGGAGCGGCCCGGCCGACUGCCCCGACUAGACUGCGAGGCGGCGGGUGGAGUUGGCGGGCGCGCACAGACUGCCGGCCUGCGGCUGCGCUGCAGCUGCAGGUCAGCUGCAGCGAGACGAUCGCAGCCCGCACCCCGUCAGCGCGCGCCAAUCUCUGAAUCUCGCCGAUGCCCGACCAGCUCGUCGGAGGCUCAGCGAGGCCGCACCUUUCGCGGCGCCGCCGUGUUGAGAAGGUAUGCUGCUACGCGAGACCUCUGAAGCGACCUCUCGGCUCUUGAUGCCUAGAGGGGAGCUGAUGAGCUGGC